AUGGCACCGAAUUCGAGUGACGCCAACGGGGUGUUAUUUGAAACGGAUGCAGCCACACCAGAUUUGGCUCUUCCUAACACUCCAAUCCAACAAGCAGACAGUUACCCAAGAAAAUAUGUAUGGAGAAAUAUCAUUGCAUUUACAUAUUUGCACAUAGCUGCAUUAUAUGGCGGAUAUCUCUUCCUAUUCUCUGCGAAAUGGCAAACAAAUGUUUUUGCUUACAUCCUGUAUGUUAUGUCUGGGCUGGGUAUCACAGCGGGGGCUCACAGACUCUGGGCUCAUAAGUCAUACAAAGCAAAAUGGCCAUUGCGUGUUAUACUUGUAAUUUUCAAUACUUUGGCAUUCCAGGACUCUGCUAUUGAUUGGGCUCGUGAUCAUCGUAUGCACCACAAGUAUUCGGAGACCGAUGCCGAUCCUCAUAACGCUACACGAGGCUUCUUCUUCUCACAUAUCGGCUGGCUUCUGGUCAGAAAACAUCCCGAGCUCAAGAGGAAGGGCAAAGGUCUAGACCUGAGCGAUCUAUACGCUGACCCAAUCCUUCGCUUCCAGAAGAAAUACUACCUUCUCUUGAUGCCUAUCGGUUGUUUCAUCCUGCCGACAAUUAUCCCGGUCUAUUUCUGGGGAGAGACGUGGACGAACGGCUACUUCGUGGCGGCCAUGUUCCGUUAUGCGUUCAUCUUGAAUGUGACCUGGUUGGUAAAUUCCGCCGCCCACAAAUGGGGUGAUAAGCCCUACGACAAAAACAUUCAGCCCUCCGAAAACAUGUCAGUUUCACUGUUCGCUUUGGGCGAAGGCUUCCACAACUACCACCACACAUUCCCGUGGGAUUACAAAACCGCUGAACUGGGUAAUAAUAGGCUGAAUUUCACGACUACCUUCAUAAAUUUCUUCGCCAAAAUCGGUUGGGCCUAUGACCUUAAAACUGUUUCUGAUGAGAUCGUGAAACAACGAGUCAAUCGUACUGGCGAUGGAAGCCACCAUUUGUGGGGAUGGGGAGAUAAAGAUCAUUCCAAGGAAGAAAUCAGAGCCGCCAUAAGAAUCAAUCCGACAGAUGACAAAGAGGAAUAA